GGGAGCCUUUAAUAAUGGUCUGUGUAAACUGAUGCCCAAGCAGUAAGAGUUUGAAGAAGAGCUGCUUGUACAAGUUAAAACCGAGGAAAGAGCAACCAAAAAGAGAACAGCCACUGAAACAAAACUUUAAAUAAGUAGAAUUUCUUAAAAUGGCUCUCUUUACCAAGAUCUUGAAAGCCCACUACAAGCCAGCGUUAAUGCCUGAAAGGAACGGGAUUUUUGAUCGCCUCGUUUUUGUCAGCAGGUUUCACCAGCUGCCCAAACUUUCUGGCAGCCAGAACUUGGAGGUACGGAAUAAUGCUGCAGGAACAGGAGCUGAGGACAAAGAAGAGGAGGAGAUGGUGGCGGCAGGGGUAGGGGAGGUACGGACGGUCAUCCCGCAGCAACAUCAUCCAAAGGUGAAGACCCUGGAGGAAAUGCCAGGACCCAACACCCUGGCUAACCUGGUGGAAUUCUUCUGGAAGGAUGGCUUUAGCCGUAUCCACGAGAUCCAGCAAAAACACACAUUGGAAUAUGGAAAAAUCUUCAAGUCUCACUUUGGUCCUCAAUUUGUAGUAUCUAUUGCAGACAGAGACAUGGUGGCUCAGGUUCUCCGAGCAGAGGGAACCACUCCGCAGAGAGCCAAUAUGGAGUCCUGGCAAGAAUAUAGGGACUUACGAGGAAGGUCUACGGGGCUUAUUUCUGCGGAAGGCGAGCAGUGGCUAAAGAUGAGAAGCAUAUUGAGACAAAAAAUUUUGAAACCCAAAGAUGUGGCUAUUUUUUCUGGAGAAGUCAACCAAGUUAUUGCUGAUUUGAUUAAAAGAAUUUACAUCCUCAAGAGCCAGGAAGCAGAUGGAGAAACUGUGACUAAUGUUAAUAAUCUUUUCUUCAAAUACUCAAUGGAAGGAGUGGCUACUAUUCUUUAUGAAUGUCGUUUGGGCUGCCUGGAAAACAAUGUUCCCCAGCUGACUGUGGAAUACAUCGAAGCAUUGGAGUUGAUGUUUAGUAUGUUUAAGACCACCAUGUAUGCAGGAGCUAUUCCCAAAUGGCUUCGCCCAUUUAUCCCUAAACCCUGGAAAGAAUUCUGCAGAUCCUGGGAUGGACUCUUCAAAUUUAGUCAGAUUCAUGUUGACAAUAAGUUGAAGGAUAUUCAGUCCCAACUGGAUAGAGGAGAAAGCAUAAAAGGAGGACUACUUACACACCUCUUAAUUAGCAAAGAGCUAACAUUAGAAGAGAUCUAUGCCAACAUGACUGAAAUGCUCCUGGCUGGAGUUGACACAACUUCUUUCACUUUGUCCUGGGCUGCAUACCUAUUAGCAAAACAUCCUGAAGUUCAGCAAUCAGUAUAUCACGAGAUCAUUAAGAACUUGGGAAAGAAACAUGUUCCAACCGCAGAGGAUAUACCUAGAGUACCACUGAUCAGAGCUCUGCUCAAGGAAACACUAAGGUUAUUUCCAGUUUUACCAGGAAACGGUAGAAUAACUCAAGAAGAUUUGAUUAUUGGAGGAUAUCUAAUUCCAAAAGGAACUCAACUGGCUCUAUGUCAUUAUGCUACAUCUUAUGAAGAAGAAAAUUUUCCAGUGGCAAAGGAAUUCAAACCCGAGCGCUGGCUGAGGAAAGGAAAUAUGGACAGAGUAGACAACUUUGGUUCUAUUCCCUUUGGUUAUGGCCUCCGCAGCUGUAUAGGAAGGAGAAUUGCAGAGCUAGAAAUUCACCUUGUAAUGAUACAGUUGCUUCAACAUUUUGAGAUCAAAUCUUCUCCUCUAACUAAAACAGUUCACGCAAAAACCCACGGGCUUCUGACACCUGGAGAGUCCAUCAAUGUGCGAUUUGUUACCCGAAAAUGAGACUUGCUGUUUUUAGGAUGGCUUUAGCAGAUCCAGCAUGGAAACUGGCUUAUGUCUCCCUGAUGUAGGCCAAAGGCUCUUUUGUGCCGCUGAUCACCUGUGGAGAAUAAGUAAAAGGAUCAUUUCCAGAGAUUGCUUGAUUAUAGAAAGACCUACAACUUUCUAUUCUUUGCACAAAAGAGAACUACAAAUCUUUAUAUGGUGUGAUGUAAAAGAAAAUUUAUAUUUUACCUUUUCAAAGAAGCUCUUUUUUCUUUGUUGAAACAUCUGUUGCUGGCAAUAGGUGUUUAAGAACCAGUGGCAUUGAAUGUGGAUGUCACCUAUAUUGUCUUCCUUUUUAGUAUGCAAGAGUAUUUAAUUAACAGUAAUAUUUGGUCAAAGAAAUGUUGGUUAUACUUGUAUUUGCACAUUCAUUUCUCAAAUGGAAAAUACAGAGUAUGUAAACUAACACUGACCAAGAACUAUAUAUUAGCAGGAAAUUUCCGUUUCUUUUUUUUUCCAAUUUGAAGUGGAGGUGUUGGGUGCUAAUUUGUAACAAUAUAAGUUGGAGAACAAAAAGUCAAAUAUUAUCAUUAUAUCUUCAAGUUCCGGUUUUGAUAUCUCUAAAUAAAUUUGUAAAGCUGAAAAAAAC